AUGAGCUGGAUGACGACGGCAAGUGGAGGAGCGCAGAGACAGAGAGCUGAUGGAUCUGGGGCAGCGGAGGGGGUGGAUGAUGAUCUUUACGUGCGGGUGGACGAUAUGGACGUGGAGAACCCUUCUUUCGAGGUUAUCCAGAACCCCGACGAGGAGUUGAGGCAGCCUUGUUUGCGGCAGCCUCCUCCCGUUGGGGGGGAUGAGGAAUAUGGACGGAAGCUGAUGCUCUUUGUGCAACGGCCGUACAAAGGGCAAGCAUUGGAACCGGAGGCAGCAGAGGACGUGAUCAUGUAUAUGGAUGCAGAAUGUGAUGGGCUUUUUGCUGCGACGGCAAAACAGCUGCAGAAGCCAGUGGAGCGCUUGCACAUCCGUGACAAAGCGGCAAUCAUCUUCCUUAUUUGCUACAAGGCAGCGCUGAUUGAUCCAAAGGUCUUGUUUGUUAAGGACUAUUGGUCGCAACACCUCAACAAAGCCAACGUCUCGCAUUUGUUGAAGAAGCUGUUCUCCCGCUUCAACCUUACCUAUCACCCGUCAAAGGAAAAGGCGCGUCUGAAUAAAACCAUUGAGAUGUCGUUUGCACAGCUGUCGCAGGACGUAAAGACCACAAUGGGAACAAUCGUCUUCAAGGUUGACGACUACAACUGGUUGCAUUUGCCGCCGCCUCCUUCGACCAUCGCUGUGGGUUUCACUGACCAUAUCCUUGAGCAUUGUCACGACUGGAUGCGCUCUGCGUUGAAAACUUCAACGCUUUCCGAUUCGCUGAUUUAUCAGAUACGAGAUGCGAGUCUCAAGCCGAGAGCACGAUACUUUGAGAUCCGACAGCAUGUGGCAGCUAGCAAGCGGAUGUACAACUGGUCCGUUGCCACCAAAGCGGGUUCCCUGAAGGGCUUUCGCACUGUUGCCUCACUCGAGAACAACAUGAAGAAGGAAACGGAUAUGAAUCAGAUCUUGGAGCGCAUCGCUCAUUUUGUGGAGACAACAGGGUAUGAUGGGAACGUGUUCCUUGUUGGUGACUUCUAUGUCUGGAAGAAUGCCAUGAAAUCGUAUUAUGCCGGCAAUAUCUUGGCAAACCGCAUCAUCAUAAUGCCCGACGCUCUGCACAUUGCAGUGGAUGCGCAGGAAGCCCUGAUGCGGCAUGCAUUUGAGGUACGUGAGCUUGUCGCCUCCAUUAUCACGCUCUUUGCUCAACUGUUCUCCAUGUAG